GCAUCUUACACGGCAGGAAGGAGAGCGCUUGAACGUGGAUGAUGGUGUGCCUUGGAUCAACGUAGCUAGUGGAAGCAAGCAAGUUUAAAAAAUGGAAGAACGAGGUUUGCGGACAUGGUGAAAAGCUCGCUCUCGGUGGUGUAGUAACUUUUGGGCGCAACAAGGACAUCGAUGUUGUUUGUGUUGGAAAUGUGAGGGCCCGGGAGAUGUCUUCCAUCCGUCCACAGUGCGAUUCAUGCACCAGCAGUGGGCAUCAACACACUCACACACCAAAAAAAAAGAGGGAAAAGAACACCGUAGAUGCCUCGAAAAAGGAAGGCAUUCACCAAUUUGGAAGGAGCUCGCUCGAGCGAUCAAGCUUCCAAGCGUGAAGAAUCUUUUCCUUCCAUCCAUCAGACUUUAUAGUCUCUCCGUGAUCCGUGAUCCUAGGAACACUUCCUCUCAAAAGUAAAAAUGCUUCUUUUGGGAGAUUCUCCAUGACACGAUCGAUGUGGGCUCCCGGCAGGAGCGCCGCCGCGCGGAUCGAUCCAUGUGGGCAGUCGCCUCCGCGCCCCGGAUUUAGUGGGUCGAUCGCGGAUUCGGGAAUUCGCCACGAAAAUCCAGGGUGGUCGUCUCCAUCGUCGCGGUGAAUGCCCAAUGUGGGUGACGAGAGGAGUAAGAUCAAAGAGGUAAGAAGAAGAAUCGAUCACACCAUCUCUUCCCUGCGGGGAAUUUGGCUCUGCGCGAUCAUCACAAUCAAGCUGGAAGCUGGAAUCGAUCAUCGCGUGCACUCCCAGGACGAGCUCGGGAGCCUAGAGAAGAGAUCUUCGAUGUGGCCACCCGACCUGAAUUGGGAGAAGCGCUUGUCGCAGAAGCCGGACAACGUAUCCCUGGCGGGCGAGGCGGGCAUCGCCGAUUCGAGCUACCUGUCGAGCUUGGUUGGCUCCACGAAUGUGGGAGUCGGGCAGCUCUCCGGGCUGGCCAGGCAGUGGGAAUCCAGUCACAGCAAUGCAGUCCAGCUGCUCAAGGAGGAGAUGGAGUCGCUCUCGUCACAGCGCAGCGAGGCGGAGAGCAAGCGGCGCCGGAUUCUCGACGAGGAAUCCUUCUACGCGGCGGCGUCGCGGGACAAUCGAUCGGUGCUGCGCGGCUCCGGGACGCUCGAGGAGCAAGUCAAGCGGCAAGUGAGUGGAGUUCCUCCGCUGGUUGGAGUCCUUCCUCCUCCAUCGCUGGAUGAUAGCAAAGUUGGCACUGUAGAGAAAGAGUGGAGAGCUCCUCCUCCUCCUCCUCCAGGAACUUUGGAGGGCGAUGGCCGCGGCAAUGCUGCUGCUUGCUCUUGCGAGAGGAGAGGGAGCUUUGGAUUGGAAGAGGGAGGAGAAGGCUAUGGCGACCAGGUGGAGCAUUGGAAGUCCAAGGCUUGGAAGUUUAACCAGCUCCUGGGCGAGAGCUUGCAGCGGGAGGAGAUUCUCAUCAAGAAACUCGAGGAGAAAUCCAAGCGCCUGGAAGCAGUGAAGCCGAUGGUGACCGAGCUGCAAAACCAGCUCGAGCGAGUGGACAACUUCCUCCACUUUGUGCUCCGGAAUGCUCCCAUUUUCUUGAGCCACCAGGACAAGGAUCUCAAAUAUAGAUUUAUGUACAAUAAUCAUCCGGCCUGGCAAUCGGAGGUGAUUGGAAAGACGGACCUGGAGCUUCUCCCGGGUCCGGGAGGAACCAUGACACACAACUUCAAGAAGGAAGUUCUUCGCCGGGGGUGCCCGGCAAAGCGAGAGUUCGUCUACGACACGGUGGAGUUUGGAUACAAGGUGUUUCUCAUCUGUGCCGAGCCGGUGUUCAGCAAAGGUGGCCAGACGAUUGGUGUCAACAUCGUCUCCAUGGACGUCACUGAAGAGAAAAUUCUCAAGGCUGCAAACCGGGAGAAGCUCAUACGCUUGAGGGAGGAAGAAGCCGUGCAAAAGGCGAUGGAAACGCAGCUUCACAAGACAAUGCGCAUCACAGAGGAAACGAUGAAGGCAAAGCAGCUGCUUGCUACAAUGUCGCAUGAGAUACGCUCGCCGCUGAGUGGAGUGGUGAGCAUGGCCGAGAUUUUGGCCGCCACCAAUCUUGAUCCCGAGCAGCAAAAUCUCGUCGAUAUCAUGGUUUCAUCCGGAGACCUGGUGAUGCAACUUAUAAAUGACAUUCUCGAUCUCUCCAAGGUGGAAUCAGGAGCUAUGAAGCUCGAGGCUACAAAGUUUCGUCCUCGAGAGGUCCUCAAGAACGUCCUCCAAAUCGCCGCAGCGUCGAUGCAAAAGCGAGACUUGAAUUUGGAAGGCUUUGUCUCGGCCGAAGUCCCGUUUGAGGUGAUUGCCGAUGUGUUGAGAGUCCGCCAGAUCUUGACAAACUUGGUGAGCAAUGCCAUCAAGUUUACUCGUCAAGGAAGUGUCCGGGUGGAGAUAGAAAUCAGCAACAAAAAACUUCCUCACAAGCAAAAUGGAAGCAUUGUCGAUUCAAACGAAUUACAAACUCCUUGCUCUUCUUCUAUCACUUCUCCUGCGACUACCACUCCCACCGUUCCACAGUGGGUAAACAACGACACGGUGUGGCUCGAGUGUCGAAUUGUGGACACGGGCAUUGGUAUUCCAGACACGGCUCUCCCGUUUCUAUUCACGAAAUAUAUGCAAGUGAGUGAAACACACGCAAGGAAGUAUGGUGGCACUGGUCUCGGCCUCGCGAUUUGCAAGCAACUGGUGGAACUCAUGGGUGGAAAGCUCAAAGUUAACAGUGAAGAGAACAAAGGCUCCACGUUUAUGUUUACGCUGCCCUGCAAGCUUUGCGGAUCAAACGGUACCAAUCAAGCUAGCAGCCACUUUAGUUUUAGCACGGCAGCGAUGGCGGCGAGAAGAAAAUCAUCGGGAACACGGGGCUCGAGCGUGAACAAGAGAAUUAGCGGCAACAAUGGCGAGAGUGUCUCGUCCAGGAAGAGCUCGAGCUCUCCUCCUCAUCGAAACGGUGAAGCUAGCGGUAAAGCCACGACGAAGAUCGAUGCUCCUGCUCCCGCUACCAGCACCGCCACCACCAUUGGCGGCAAUGCGGCUAAGUUGAAAGUUUUGCUCGCCGAGGACAACAAAGUGAACAUCAUGGUUGCCCAGUCGAUGCUGCGAAGAAUGGGGCUCGAAGCAACAGUUGUGAACGAUGGAGCCGAGGCUGUGGAAGCGAUCAAGAGAGAUUACUUCGAUUUGAUUCUAAUGGACGUCAUCAUGCCCGUGAUGGAUGGAUUGGAGGCAACUCGUUUGAUCCGCGAUACGCAGGGAAAUCGGGAUGGUCAAGGCAAGAGGAGCACGAUCAUAGCUAUGACCGCGAAUGCGCUUCCAGAGAACGUCGCGGAAUGCUACACUCACGGCAUGGACUCAUUCAUCGCCAAGCCAGUGACUUUCAGCAAAUUGCAGCAAGCAAUACAGCAAUUCUUUCCCCCCUCUCUGCCAUCUCCAUCGCCCUCCUCCUCCUCAUCCUCUCCAUCGCCCAAGCCACGGUGAGAGACCGGAAAGAAGCUCUCCUCAAACUUGUACCAUAGAAACAGCGCCAAUUUGCCAAUUUUGAAAGGCGGCAUAUUCUCAGA